GUGAUAAAUGUGGUAGUCUUAAAGAUGUAAUAUUAGGUAGAAAAAAUUAUAGGUUAGAUGCGUAUAUCCACUAUUUAUUUUUCAAUUAAAUAAAAAAUUGUGUCUAUGUUAAUCUUGAUUUAUUAAAAAUUAUGGCGGAUUCUAAUAAUUCUGAUAUAAAAAGUGAACCUGAGAUUGAAACACUUGAUGCCGUAAAAAGUGAGCCGCAAAAGGAGGAUGAAAAAAUUGAAGAAAAAUCAGAGCUCCAAGACCAGAAUUGUCGCCAGUCAAUGGACGAAGAUGACAUACCAGAUAAUUUUUUUGACGAUUUUUCAAAUAAUGAAUUUAUGGAUGGUUUAAAUGUACUGGAUAGUUGGGAUGAAAAUCAAAAAGGAGGUGUAAAGGAUGAAGAUAAGAAUAUAAAAUCUAAAGAGGAGGAGACUAAGGAUAGCGGUAAGAAGUCAGAGGUUGAAAAAUCUGAUCAAGAUAAAUCGGACCGUGGUAGGUAUAAUAGGCCAUCAAAAGAAAAAGAUGAGGGUCGUAUUAAACGUGAUUACAGCCCAAAACGAAGUCCUUAUCGACGAGGUCGUAGUGGUGAUAGAAGGCGUGUAGGUAGAUACCUUUCUAGAAGCAACAGUCCUCGUAGGAGACGUAGUAGAUCACGUCCGAUGAACAGUCCUCCAAGGCGUGGUCGAUAUUGCUAUAGUCCACCGCGUAAUCGUGAUAUUAGUCCCCGCCCCAGGCGUCGAGAUUAUAGUCCUUAUAAGUCACGAAGUAGUAUAGAAAGAGAUCGAAGCCGAGAUCGACCUCGAAGAAAAUCUCCACGCCGUUCACGUGAAAAACCUGAAGAACUUAGACGAGAUCCAGCUAAAACUAAGCAUGACAUUGAAAAAGACAAAGAUAAAUGUUUACGUUACAAAGAGGCCAAAGAAUUUGAGAAGAAAAUAAUUGUCGCUGAAAGUGGUUUGUGUCCACCUGGAAUGGAAGAUAUGAUCGAUGAAAUAAACAAUUCAUCGUUUAAAUCAACCGAACGUGAUCCACUCACAAUUAGUUUUGGUAAUGAAAAAGUCAAAGAAAAAUUAUCUACAGAACGCGAUCAUGGAAAAUUUGUACAGUCGGUCAAAGAAACAGAUUGGUGUACUCUAAAAUUUAGUUCUGAACGUAAAAAAUCACCCGAUCGAAAUCGAAGUGAUCGUUAUCGAGAUGAUAGGGACCUAAGGGAUAUAAUCAAGGCACGUUUGGCUAAUAAAGAACGGUCUCCUCCAUUCGAUAAAAGUAGAAUUUCUCCCGAUAAACGAAGUAGAAGUAAUCAUUCGCCAAUAAAUUCACGCUAUGAUCGUGGUAGUCGUCGUGCCAGUAGCCCUAUUUCCGAUGAUUCUGAUCGUGAAAAAUGGCUUCGCGAUUAUGGUCGUUCGGAAAAACGUCGUAAACGUUCACCAUUUCUCCAUGAAUUAGCACGCACACUUUGUAAUACAGAUAACAAAAAUUUAAAUCCCAUUCCAAAACAACCCACGUUUAAUCCAUUUAAUAGUGAAAGUGUUUCAUAUAAUAAUCCACCACAAGCAAUGGGUCAGUAUGGACCUCCUCAAAUAUUUGAUCCAAAUCAAAUGCCAGUGUUACAACAUCCAAUGGAUCAUCCACCAAUGCCAUUAAUCAACAAUGGAAAUUUCCCGUUUCAACCAGAUGUUCCACAGCCAUUUGGUCAACAACAAUUUGCCAUUCCACAACAACCGUUUCAGCAAUUUCAACCGCCAGGACCGUAUGAAGGCCCGCAGCCUGUUAUUCAAGCGCCGCCUGUUAUACAACCAGGACCACCACCAUUUCAAUCAUUUCAACCAGUUCCAACUCCAAUACAACAAUUUGGAAAUGUUCCACCGAAUCAAGUAGCAAUUGGAUUAGGAAGACCGCCACCACAAGUUUAUACCGCUGAUCUUCAACAAGGAAGCAACACAAGAGAAAUUCUUUCACCAUCUUUACAAAAUUUACAACAACCAAACAGAAAUUUUUUGAAUUUAAAAGACAUUUCAUCAAAAGAUCAACAGCAAUUGUCUAAACUGUUUGAGGACAAGAAGAUAAGCCUUUCUGAUUUUCUAACUGUUUCGGCAAAAGGCGAAACAGUACCUUGUAAUAUUCAAGAAAAAAUUAAAGUUAUAUCAAGAUGCCAAGAUGCAAUCAAAGCCUUAGACACCACGAAAAAAUCUGGACGAUUUUUUCCUACAUUGAUACCAUCUUCAAACGAACACCAAGAUACUAAAGCACAAGGUAAAUGGAAAUCGCCAUUGAAGAAGAUGACAAUUGUAAAGUUUUCAUUUACAACACCAAAUAAGGUGAAAGAAAAUGAAGUACAAAACAACAUGAAACGGUUGUUAGCUACCAUCAAUUUACGUGAAAAAGUCAUUACUCCACCACCGCCACGUAUACAAAAAUCAACAUCCAUCUCUGAAUCUAUUCCAAUUACAUCUCAGAUUCGACCUCCGGAGAAAGCUAUCAUUGCGGUUAAAGAUAGACAUAUGCAAACGGAUCCGUAUGUGUGCAAUGUGUGUGAGAUACGAAAUGCGCGUAAAUUUACAACUACGGCCACUCAAACAACUAAUUUAGGUGGUUUAGAUGAAGCCACACAAGUUACACCUUCCGAUUUACCUGCACCUCCACCCCCACGGGGUAUCCUUAAAAAUUCUAACUAUCCUUCAUUAUCUCAUUUAACUGCCGCUCAGUUACGUGAACAAGAUGAAUUACGUAAUCAAAAAGAUUCCUCAAAUUCACCUGGUUCAUUUACGUCAUCAUCGUCAUUGCCUCGGCCAUUAUUUGACGGACCUAUAGAUAAUAAUCCUGAAUUUAACCAACCGUCAAAGAAAAUGCGUCCUCAGUUUGAUAAUUCUUAUUCGGAUAGUCCUGUUCCACCAUUUAAUUCUUUUGAUAAUAAUCCAUUACAAAUGCAAAAUAAUCCCUGGUCAUCUUCAUGGAAUGAUCCAAACCUAAAUCCUAAUAUUCCAAUGGCUCAGAAUUUGCCAUCAUGGAAACAAAAUCAAGUUUCUGCUCCUGGUUGGAAACAAUCCAUGCCAGGUAGUGGCAAUAUAAUACCCCCAACGAAGCCAUGGAUGUCCGUACUAACAACACCUCCUAACAAACGUAAUCAAAAUAAUAAACGUGGCGGUUUUAAACGAAAGUCUAAUAAUAUUGUUGAUCUGACAAAUUAAAUUUGAUAGAAAAAAUAUAAUUUUCUAAAUAUUUCAUUAUUAAAAAAAAGUCGAUUAAUUUCAGUGAUAGUGGUGCUUUCAUUAUUACUAUUUAUGAAUUUUUUUAGAAAAUAAUUUGAUU